AUGACGCAGGAUCAAAUUGAUCAACACUCCACUGGGCCCGCUUACCUUCCCUACCAGCGUAUGGGGAAGUUACGCGAAUGGGGAGGUCCUUUGCCAAAGUCAUGGCAUCAACUUCAAACUGAAAUCCAAAAAACUAUCACCACCUACAUGAUCGAUCUUGGCAUGGUUCCUGUUUUUCCUACGUUCAACGCGCACGUGUCUCGAGAACUUUUUGAUUUGUUUUCAUGGAAAUCGAUGAAGAUUAAUAAAUUCUGGUCUACAUACACCGCCGAGAAACACUGUUGCGACAUGUUUGUGGAUCCGGAGGAUCCUUUAUUUGAACGCAUAGGUAAAAUGUUCCUGAAUGAAAUUACCAGUGACUUUGAUGAUCGAGCUGUGUUAAUAGUACAAAACACUAUGUGGAAUAGUGAAUCUAGUAGAUGGGCGGAUCAUAUAGUAGAGUCAGUUUUAACAGCUGUGUCUAAAGGUCGAAUGAUUAUACUGGACACGAUGUUACAGAAAGACUUAAAUAACAAGACGUGUACCUUAUUCCAUGGUCAGCCUUAUAUAUGGAUCGUUGACACGCAAAAACUAAAUUGGGAUAUGUACGAAGCCAUAGAUCCACCGUACAAUACUAUUGUCGGAUUGGGGGUGUCUCCUUCUGUGAUGGAGCAGAAUUACAUGCUGGUAGAGUGGGUGUUAGAGGCGGCAUGGCGAAGUAAGCGUCCAUCGCUACCAGAGUGGCAGCAACAAUAUGCUUCGCGUCGUUACGGUUGCAAUGCUACCGCUAGCGCGUGGGGUCACCUGCUCAACAGUGUCUACAAAGGUAACAUGGAUAUUUACACUAUUAUAAGCUGGCCAUCGCAGCCAUUAUAUAAUGUUUAUUCCCGGUUUCCUAAAUAUGAGUUGUUAGAAGCUUGGAGGAAGUUUGUGUUCGUGCCUGAUGACGAGUGCCGCAGCCCCGCCUUUGAAUACAACCUGAUAGAUGUGACUCGCCAUGCGUUGCACUAUCGCGCUCUUCAGGUGUAUAUGUCUCUGCGGAACAACGAUGCCAUGGUUCCUGCGGCCACGACCAGGCAUGUAGUGGGGCGGCGCGCGGAGCAGCGCGCUCUCGACUGCAGGUAG